AUGUCUGAUCCUAGAACGAGCCGGGCAAAAUGCCAAGGAAAAGAGGCAGCUCCACAUCUCAUUCUUUUAUCGUCAUAUUUCUUUCAUUCCAUUCUUUCUAUCCUUUUCUUUAUCGUUUUCUAUUCUUCUCUAACCAUCCAUAUUUGCGUCUCUUCUUUCUUUCCUCUUUUCUUUUUCAUUUCCCUCCUUCCAAUUCUAUCACCAUGUCUCUUUCUAUCCCUUAUAUCUAUUUUUUUCAUUAUCACAUCCUUCUUUUUGUCUGCUCUUUCUUUCUUUUCUUUCUUUCCCUCCUACUGCUUCAUGCCAUCCCUCUUUAUGUCUAUUUUUUCUCUCCUAAGGGAAAAAAGGAAAAAGUCCCUUUUUCCCCUUACCUCAUCUCUCGCCAUUUUUCUUCCCUUCACUUCUUACUCUCUUUCUCUUUUCCGUUUUUCAUCUUACCUCAUCUCUCGCCAUCUUUCUUUCCUUCUCUUCUUUCUCUAUUUCUCUUUUCCGUUUUUCCUCUUACCUCAUCUCUCGCCAUCUUUCUUCCUUCUCUUCUUUCUCUAUUUCUCAUUUCCGUUUUUCCCCUUACCUCAUCUCUCGCCAUUUUUCUUCCCUUCUCUUCUUACUCUCUUUCCCAUUUCCGUUUUUCCUCUUACCUCAUCUCUCGCCAUAUUUCUCCCCUUCUCUUCUUUCUCUCCUUUAAUUUUCCGUUUUUCCUCUUGCCUCGUCUGUAACCAUCUGUUUUUCCUUCUUUUUUUCUCUCUUUUUCUUCUCCGUUUUCUUUUUUCUUCCCCUCUAACUUCUCUCACCAUCCCUCUUUGCGUGCCUUUCCCUUUUCUUUUCGUUCCAUCUUUUUGCAACCCUCAUACUUCAUCUUUCUUUCCCUUUUUUCUAUCACUGUUUUUCUUUAUCGUUUUCCGUUACUUUUACCUCUUUUGUUUUCUCAUUUUUCUCUCUUAUUCCUUCUCUCCCCAUCUCUCGUUUCCCCACCACACUUCUUUCUCUUUUUUUUUCUUUUCCCUUUUAUGCUUCCUUUCCCUUUUCUCCUGCCUCUUCACUGCUCAUCUCUCUUUCCGUCUUUUCCUAAUCUCGUCUUCCUUUUCGCUUCAUUCUGCUAAUUACUUCAUCCGGAUUCUUUUCCCGCCAUUUGGCAAGAGAAAAUUGAUUGAUUCACAGACGCCGGGCGACGUUGAUAUAUUAGUUUAG